GCAUCCCUCUUACGCAUUAUCAGCCACCACAGUUCGACCCGCGCCACCCCGCACACUGCAGGUCCUUCCUUCCCGAAGCUGUCUCAGUCGCCGCCGCAGACUGCACUCUCAACCUUCCGAUGAAGUCACCGCUGCCUCCUUCCUCUCCCUCUAUUUCAGAAACACAGUGACACUUGAACAGAUUUGAACUCCUUACAAAUUCUGGAAUUCCGUCAGGGUUAAUCUCUCACUACUCAAUGUGAGGCUUUCAUUCCGCCUUAUCGAUGGGGAAGAAACGUAAUAACGAGAAACAGAAGGUCAUUCUACCGCCGGAGCUUCCACCAGAGGUUACCGAGGAAGAGAUUGAGGUCUCCGAUGAGGAUUUGCAGUUUGUCAAGGAGAACCAAGACUAUGCCGUCUCUGUUAUUCGUCUAUACACUAAAUCCAUUGCCAAUAUGCACCUGAAGAUGGUGGGAACGAAGAGGCAAUGGAAGAGGGCGGCGUAGAUAAUGGUAUAGUGAAGUAAACUAAACCAGAAAGGAGGGUAAAGCUGAAGAAAACUAAAAACAAGAGAAUGUAACCAAAGCUGAAGAAGUUGAACCAACCCCACAAACAGCUGUUUUGAAAACUCUGUAGUGGUGCUAUCAAGUAUUUAUAGCACUAUGGAGGCUGUCCGGUUGAUUGCUGAUCAAGUGAAAUUUCAUGACUGCCAAUUGACUCCUGAUUCCAUCCAGCCUUUCGUGCAUCUAACAUUUGACGAGCAUCUGAGAAAAGAAGAAAAGCAAGAUGAGCAUAAUAAAGUAAAGAACAAAAAACACAGGAAAACAAAAAAUCAUGAGGAAUCAAGUCAUUUGCAAGGGAAUGAUGGAAGACAAAGUACGAGGACAAAGUUUACUGAAGAGGUUGCUUCGAAUUACAGGGCUGCUUCUCUUGCUUCAGAUGUGAUGAAGCAAAGAGAGAUGCAGUCAGAUACACUUUCUGCUGUAUUUGAAAUCUCAAGGCAUACAAUGCAGUCAUUAAAUGCUAGGCCUGAAGCAAAUAUUACUGCACCUACUACUAGCCCAUCUGGAUCCCAUCCUCUGCUUUCUCCAUGUUUGAAUGGGUUGGGGAAAUUCUCCCAUCUCAUUGAUUUAGAUUUCAUGGGAGAUCUUAUGAAUUAUCUAAAAAGGCUUGCAUCGGGUGGUGAUAAUUCUUCUGAGAAACAGUCACAAUGUUUGACCGUUUCUGAGCGUCUUCAGUGUUGCUGCGCAUUUAAAGUAACGAGGAAAAACCUUGAUGCUAUGAAUGUUGAUCCUCAGGACUUUUCUGUCCAGCUGUACAAUAUUGUACUCGAGUACAGGCCUGUAAGAGACCAUGGUGGAUUGUUAGCUGAAGCUUUGAAGAUAAUGUUGUGCGAUAAUAGACAGCAUGCCAUGCAGAAGGCAGCUGCAUUUAUUAAGCGUUUGGCUACUUUCUCAUUAUGCUUUGAAUCUGCAGAGUCGUUGGCAGCAUCUUCUUCAGAAAAAUGUCAAGUGCCGCAACCUUUUGGAAAACGAUUCUUGGGGAGGUUCAGUGUCUGGCUCAAUUGCGAAAUACUAGCCAUAUGCUUCUGAUCCAACUUUGAGCGGUGCUCUUGCUUCUGUCCUUUGGGAACUUAAUCUUCUGUGGAAGCAUUAUCAUCCAGCUGUCUCAAAGAUGUCAACGAGCAUAUCAAGCAUGAAUAGUGCUCAAAACCAAGUGUACAUCUCCACGGUUUCUCCCCAACAGGCAUUCAAAGACUUGUCGCUGGAAUAGGAGUCUUUCAACCCAAAAUUUAAUGUCCGAAAAGUUGAAAAGAAAAAAAGAGCUAGCGAAGUGAAGGAGAAACUUUCAACAAGAUUCUUUCUUCUCCGGGACAUCAAGGACAAUGAAAGGCUGAGAGGUGAAUUGGACCGUACCACUUUGUCUUUGCAGCGAUAUGAAGAACACAAAAGGCAAAAGAGAAAAACUAAAAGAUCAAGGUAUGUUUAACUUUGUUAUUUGUGAUUUCUUGGUGUUAAAAUCUUCAUGGUUGCAAGAAAUGUAGAUUAAUUAAGCUGAGAGGAAAUGUGUAGUUCAUACUAUGGAAAUAGAAUAGAAUUGAUAGAUAUAUAUAUAUAUAUAUAUAUAUAUAUAAUUUUAUUGAAUCCG